UUGAAAGAUGUACUAUUUAGAUAAUAUUACUUUUUAAAAUUCUUACUUAAAAUGAAGACAUAUUUUAUAUUUCUUUCCCUUUGUUUCAUCGAUGGGAGUAUUGUACAAGCAAUAAUUUAUGAAAAAUGUGGUUCAGAAAAACAAAUCAUUAACGUUAGAAAACUGAAAAUCACCCCAUAUCCUGUUCGCUUGAGUGAAAAUUAUGCCAAGGUUUCAUUCGAUUUGCAAGUGAAAGAAGAAAUACCAACUGCUUCUAGAGUCCAUUUAAGAGCUUGGAAGAUCAAACGUAUAUUUUUUAUUGACGUGCGACUCCCAGCUCCAUGCAUGCUUCCCAUUGGAUGCGAUGUCGAGCACUGCAAAUUUUUUAAGCAUUUUAACCCCCCGUUCUCUUGUCCAGUCAAGGCACAAGUUAUAAAAAGCGAUAACCUUUCUAUUGAGAUGCCAGAAUUAGGAGGAUUUGUCAAAUGGUUUGCAUCGGGACGUUUCCAAGUCGAAAUGAAAAUAAUUGGUCCGAAUUCAGAACAGCUAUCAUGCUAUUCAGUGCAAGGAGAAGCAAAAGCUUUAUUGUCAAUGUUACGCCCUUUUUUUGUUUGAGAAAAUCUGUUAUUAAAAUAUUUGCAUUGGCAUUGUAAAUUUUGUUCAUUUGUA